AUGGCGCUUGAGAUUGCCGAGCGAGACGAGGCGGGGAACUUGGUGUUGGAGUAUCUUGCUGAGGCGCAUGGAACGAGGGUUGACGUGAUUUAUCCCAAAGAAGCGAAGAGCUAUGCGCAACGCCUUCUUGGUGUUUUCUUACCAGCAGGGUAUCCGCAGAGUGUGACGGAGGAUUAUAUUCAUUACCAGAUCUAUGACUCGCUUCAGGCAUUUUCUUCCUCGAUUGCAGGGCUGUUGGCAUCGAGAGCUGUGUUGGAAGUCAUUGUGCGAGUUUGCUGUUGCGUCGGCGUAGGUGACUCGACUGCCUCCCCGACCUCCGCACUCCUCCUCUCUGUGCUCCAGGAGUCAACCGGCCGCAUCGCUACAAUUCUCUUUGCGCACCGUCUCGGCACGGCUCUUGAGCCAGAGUGUAAGAUGUUUCGCCUGGCCGCCGACGUUUUCAACGAUACAGCAAUGGUGCUCGAUUGCUUGUCGCCCGCUUUUCACAAACCAAUCCGUGUGGCGGUGUUGAGCUUUUCGAGUUGCUUGAGGGCACUGUGUGGAGUCUGUGCGGGCAGUGCAAAGGCAAGCUUGAGCGCACACUUUGCGAGCAAGGGCAAUCUGGGGGAGGUCAAUGCUAAAGACUCAAGCCAAGAGACGGUCAUAUCUCUACUGGGUAUGCUCGCAGGCAGCCUUGUGGUAUCGCAUAUAACCUCGCCUUUCGCGACGUGGACCACACUCCUCUUCCUCCUGGCUGUACACCUAGCCACCAACUAUGCCGCGGUGAAAGCCGUCCGUAUGCGGUCUCUUAACAGACAACGAGCCAAUAUCCUCUUCAGCAGCAUACUUCAACACGGUGUCGUCCUGAGCCCAAACGAGGUUUCCAAACGCGAAAGGAUCUUCCACAGAGGUGACGUACUGCGCUGGUCGGACGACGAAAUGCUCGGGCAUUGUAAGAUUGGCGUAUCUCUCCAGGAAAUGCUAGGCCGAAUGGGCGAGCAAAAUACGCAGACUGGCUCACUUGCGCUUCACGCUAUUCAAAUCUCCGAACUGCUUACCGUCUUCACCAGCGAGGCAUACAUAGCAUGUCCCGCCGCAUCCGCAGUCGACAUCUCAAUCGUACUGAAGGCAGGGUGUGGACCGAAUGAUCAGCUCAAAGCAUGGGCGCACGCACUGUUGCUUGCGAAGAGAGCCCGAGAUGGCAAAGGUCACUCGGGUAACAAGCCCAAUACAGCAUCAGCCCCGCCCAAGGAUCGCCUGAUUGCUGAGCUGAGGCAGACGUUGGAGGACGUCCGGGUGAUGUUUGACAAGUACGGGAACGAGAUGAUGGGGAAGGGAUGGGAUCUAGAUGUAGCUGCGAUGGAGACAAGGGCCGGGACACGGUUGCAGAUUGGGGUCCAACAGGUCGGAUGA